AUGCGCGAGUGGACACACCGGUGGGUGAGCCAUGGGAUCAGGGAUGAUUGUGGGGGAUACAGUUGUCCUCUGUUCUCUGCCACGUAUCUCCCACACCCCUCUCCCGCACCCCUCUCCCCCACCCCUCUCCCCCACCCCUCUCCCCCACCCCUCUCCCACACCCCUCUCCCGCACCCCUCUCCCACACCCCUCUCCCCCACCCCUCUCCCACACCCCUCUCCCACACCCCUCUCCCACACCCCUCUCCCACACCCCUCUCCCACACCCCUCUCCCACACCCCUCUCCCCCACCCCUCUCCCCCACCCCUCUCCCACACCCCUCUCCCGCACCCCUCUCCCACACCCCUCUCCCACACCCCUCUCCCACACCCCUCUCCCACACCCCUAUCCCACACCCCUCUCCCACACCCCUCUCCCACACCCCUCUCCCACACCCCUCUCCCACACCCCUCUCCCACACCCCUCUCCCACACCCCUCUCCCACACCCCUCUCCCACACCCCUCUCCCACACCCCUCUCCCCCACCCCUCUCCCACACCCCUCUCCCCACCCCUCUCCCACACCCCUCUCCCACACCCCUCUCCCGCACCCCUCUCCUGCACCCCUCUCCCGCACCCCUCUCCCCCACCCCUCUCCCCCACCCCUCUCCCCCACCCCUCUCCCGCACCCCUCUCCCACACCCCUCUCCCACACCCCUCUCCCCCGACCCUCUCUCCCGACCCUCUACCCUUGUUAGGAGGAGCCCCCGAGGAGGAGGCAAAAUUCGGUGGCCGGCACACAUCCCCUCUCCCCAACACCCCGCCUUUAAGCUUCUCUCCCAACCCUUCCCCCCCUCUUCACCCCCCGCCCCCUCUCUCGUCACUCACCUGCCUGUUAUUCCCUCCAAUCACUUCUUGGCUGCACCACACCACCUUCCCACAUACCCUCCUCCCUCCCCCCUUUCAUCCCCUCCAACUUUACGUCACCUCCCCUGUCCUCUCCUUCGACCUAUCCCUCUCACCCCCUCCCUCCCUCCCUCCCCCCAAUCCUCCCCACGCCGCCAGGGACUUGAGCUCCAACUACCUAACUGGCAAUGUGCCGCUGGCCGUAACAUAG